AUGGACAUCUCAGGCUCAUAUGGACUUAGUGGCCCUAACAUCACCAUUCGAGAGCUUACGAAAGACCGUAUUAAUUUUGUUCUAAGUGAUACCGACUUGAGUGUUGCCAAUGCCCUACGUCGAGUUAUGAUUGCUGAAGUUCCUACAGUUGCUAUUGACAUGGUCGAAAUCGAGACAAAUACAACUGUUUUAGCAGACGAAUUUAUAGCUCAUCGUCUUGGUAUGGUUCCUAUUGAUAGUAAAUAUGUUGAUAAAUUACGUUAUACAAGAGAUUGUACAUGUUCUCAAUAUUGUCCAGAAUGUUCAGUAGAAUUAACACUUCAUGUAAAAUGUACAGAGGAUAGAACUAAAGAUGUUACAACAAGAGAACUAAUUUCAUCAAAUCCUUCAUUUAUGCCUGUAUUUCAAGAUAAGGAAGAUUCUGGUAUCCUUUUAGUAAAGUUACGUAAAGGUCAUGAGUUAAAGUUAAAAUGUAUCGCUAAAAAGGGUGUGGCAAAAGAACAUGCUAAAUGGAGUCCUGUAAGUGGUGUUGCCUUUGAAUACGACCCUUAUAAUAAAUUAAGACAUACUACAUAUUGGUUUGAAGAGAGUGAAGAUGAAUGGUAA